AUGGUUAACUCUACGGAAGCUUCCUAUUUUAUACUGACUGCAUACUCUGACACCGGGGUUUUUAAAUACCUAUAUUUCCUGAUCAUUCUGGCUUUGUAUAUUUGUAUUAUAGGUGCCAAUAUGUUGCUGAUUGUGGUUAUCUGUGUGAACAGGAGCUUACAUGAACCUAUGUACCUUUUUCUGUGCAGCCUGUUUGUAAAUGAACUGUAUGGUAGUACAGGGUUGUUUCCAUUCCUUCUGGUUCAGAUCCUCUCUGACAUUCACACUGUUUCUGCUCCGCUCUGCUUCCUGCAGAUUUUCUCUGUGUAUACAUAUGCAAAUGUACAGAUUUAUAUUUUAGCCGUCAUGUCUUAUGACAGAUAUCUUGCUAUCUGUUAUCCUCUGCAAUAUAACACAUAUAUGACAUCUAACAAAGCUUCCUUUCUUAUUACAGUGUCAUGGUUUUUCCCUUUUCUUGCAAUUGUUGUUAUGAUAUUCCUGACUCUGUCUUUGCAGCUGUGUGGGAACAUACUUAAUAUAGUUUACUGUGGGAAUUACUCCAUUGUUAAGCUGGCCUGCUCUGACACCAGGGUCAAUAACAUUUAUGGACUCUUUUACACGGUCUUCUCCAUCAUCAUUCCUCUGCUUUUAAUCCUCUACACGUACAUGAGGAUCCUCAGAGUGUGUUUCUCUGGCUCCAAACAGACCAGACAGAAAGCUCUCAGUACCUGCACACCUCACCUCGCUUCCUUGCUUAACUUCUUUUUUGGAGCUUUUUUCCAGAUAUUACAGAGCAGGUUUGAUAUGAGCAGUGUUCCCAACAUUCUGUGCGUUUUAUUAUCCCUGUACUUUCUAACAUGCCAGCCUCUCUUUACCCCAGUCCUGUACGGGCUGAAGAUGUCUAAAAUCCGCAUCAUAUGUAAGCGUCUGUUGUACGGAGAAGUGUAGGUCAUCAAGAGAUUGCAGAGAAAGAGAAUGAAAGGACCCUGACUUCAGCAGUAUUAACUCUAAUGACGUGUCUAGUUCACUGUGUGCAGAGGAAGGAAAUGAAACGUGCAGCUGUACAUGUGCUGAGCUUGAUGCUGCUCUCUCUUUCUGUUUCUUAUCUUGCUUUUCACUUUUCAUAUCAGCCUCAGUGAUUUUAGGAGAACCCUGAAAGGUCCAUGAGUCAGGACGUUAGGAGUGAAGCUGAAGUUAAAGCUGAAUGAAGCUUCUCGCUGUGAACAGACACAGAGCAGCUUCAUAUCAACUAUGUUCCCAAUAUGUUGACAGUAUUUUCACCAUUGUAUUCUAUCACAUGUAAUGUGUCCCAAAUAUACAUCCUGUGUACAAAUCAGCUGUUAGCUUUCACAUCACCUGUGACCUUAUGAGUAUAAAUCAAUGCAGCGUUGUACUACACUGAA